UCGGUCGCGCGGGACGACGCCCCCGUCGCCCGCGACGUGACCAGGCCACGGCUACCCCUCCCGCCCGCGCGGUGGGGCCCACCACGACGCCCGCUCGACCUCACGCCGACCACGCACGAGGAACUCGUCACCAAAGCUGAAGCCGUGCUCCGGAAACUCCUCGUCACUGACAACUACGACUCGGUCAACAACUUCGUGUCGCUGUUCGACGAAUUCGAGAACUCUAAGGAGCCGCUGUACGAUGUGUACGAGAAGUACUCGCCGCCGAUCCGCGCGAAGAAGCACACGUGCGUCGGGCUGGGGUUGGAGCUGAUCAAGAGGUGGAGGAAACUCAAUAAGGAGUUUCCCGGGUUCGCGUGCGCGACCGCGCUGCUCUCGUGCGAGGAAGCCGUGGGCGACGUGCGCGAGUACGUGUCAUACGGCGACAGCCCUGCCGCCGUGCUGUCCGCGGAGAAGGAGCACGUGAUGGUGGGCGUGUUGGUCCGGCUGGCCGGGCGCCCGGGCCUGCUGCUGGCCGACCCGGGCUACCACGUGCCGAGGGUCGUCACCGUCAUGGCUGACCGCGCCUACCCGCACACCGGAUGGUUCACGCAAUCCGACGAGCCUACCUGCCGCAAGGAAUACAACUACGUCUUCAGCCCGCCCAACAGUAGCUACGUGGAGUGGCAGGAGAGGGAGACUCGUGGCGGAGACGUGAAAAGUCAAACGUCGCUCGUGUUCGUCGCCAGGCCUUAUCUUGACGGCGUCAACGUGACUGAGAGGAGGAACCUGGUUUACAACUUCAAGAGUCUCCUCUCGCGCGACCAGAAGGGCCACGUGAUCGCCGGGCUGUAUUUCCCGGUGGGAGCCCGCGGGAAGGACGCGCAGUUCACGCUCUUCUUCGGAAGCGGCGCCGACAAGCGCAAGACCAAGUACAAAUUCAGCACCUUCUUAGAUUCAGAGAUACCAGAGUCCUUGUCAGAGGAAAUUGAGCUUUGCAACGCGCAAAUGAACUACAAAGAUGGCGAACUUCUCAAAAUCAUCUGUAAAGUGGCCAAAGUGAUGUCGCAUCAGCGCUUCAUCGAGCAGAUGCUGGAGAUCAACGACGACAUCUGCCGCCUGAGCCUCUGACAGCGCCCGCAAAAUGGCGCCGACGACAAAAUGGCCGCCAACGUGUCAGACGCAACAAAAGACGACGCUGUUGUAUCCUAAUUAUUUUUACGUUUGUCACUUAAUUUGUAGAUUAGUUUACUUCAAAGUAUAUCGACGAUGUAUUUUAUAUUAUGUGUAAUCAUUCAAAUUAUUUACUUUUUUAUCGGUUAUGGGACUAAUUUUUGGGCUUAAUGUUUUUUAUCAUUACUACAUAUUUGUAGUGUAUAAGGAUAUUUUUGAAUUUUGCAUUUUUUGUGGACUAUUUAGUCUAUUUAUUAGUUACUGGAAUUUAUUUUACCUAAUAUAUAAUUAUUUGACAAAUCUA